AUGAAGUGUCCUGCAUGGAGAUGGCCACUUCUGUGCUCUCAUGGCGGCUGGCGACCACGUGCGGCACACUGGGCAGGAAAGCUUCACGGCAGUGCUUUUGCACCUCCACGAAGUGCGUCCACAGGUCGGGGCCGUUCCAGGAGUUGGGACGUCAGGGCUGGCAGGGCGCCGUCUGCUGGCGUCGAAGACUUUGAGGACUUCCAGCACCAGGAAGCUGGUGCAACGAAAGCAUCUUCGACAGCGAGGGACAUCAUAUUCGAAGAUGUGACUACUGCCUUCGAGGAUGUGGAUGGUUUAAGUGACUGGGAGGCCUCCAGUGCACCGCCCGAGAAGGAAAAGGAGGUGCAACCGAGGAAGCCGGCACCGAUGAGCGACGAGGAACUCUCGAACGCCAACCUCCUAAGCCUGGCCAGAGACGAAAUUCUUUGGGCUGUCGGACGUGCUGCAACAAUUGGGUUAUCUCCCGAAGCUCGUCUUUGGCAAGAUGUGCCGAAUGCCAUCCUGACCCUUGGAGGCGAGAACGAGCUAUCUCCGUCGGAGGUUUGCCGGCUACUUCAAGCUUUGGCUUAUGCUCCAGCCCAGGUACCUAUCGACAUCUCCAUGGUUCAAAAGCUUUUGAAGGUCUUUGCUCUCCGGGCGAAAGAGUACAGCGAUGAACGUUUGAUGCGCGUGGUUUAUGCAUAUGGAAAGCUCGCUGCCAAGCGUGGUUUGAAGCAGUCUCGCUUCAUGGAUUUUGCCACCAGUGAAAUCGUCGAGCGAGACCGAACUUUGCGAGCCUGGCGGAAGGUCCGCAUCCUUGAAGCAAUCGGGUCCCUACCUGAAGCUGGACCUGAAUUCAAAACUGUCUUGGUGGGACAGAUUAUGAAGACAGGCCUGAAAAACCUGGAUGCUGAGUGCAUGAGUCGCUUUGUUCACAUGGUCGUAGACACGAAGUACCAUGAGCGCUCUGGCACGGUGCAGAAGCUGAACACUAUAUAUCAGCUGAAGCUGAAGCAUGUCCGAUUCAACAACCCUGAGCUCAUCCUGCUCAUGGGCCUUCCAAUGUUUCUGCAUGAUUUGAUGAAGACGUCGGUGCUCACACGUUGGCUGGACCGCCUCGCACGGUUAAGGCUGCCUGUGGAAGCUGGCAGCACACCGCGAACUCGCGCAACGACUCGCUCAGCGAUUGUGGCGGCCCCUGACGAGCAAGUCGACGAAGCACCACGCAAGCGACCACGUAGCUAUGCUCUUGGCCCGGCAAACUCGACGACAGCAGCCAGGAACCUGGAAGGUCUGAAGUUGGUGGAGUUCGUGCUUAGGCACGAGAGACCUGGCAUUAUGCAGUCCCUGACCCCGGUGGCAGUGCAACUCUUGUCUACUGUCAGAGAAAUGCAGCUGAGACCACCCGAUGACUACCAGAUGCUUGAGCUUCCACACGUGUACAGCGAAGUUUCAAGGCUUUUCCAAAAGCUUGGGGUCCUCUUGCAUCCCAGCAUCUGCGGACCAUACCUGCUGGAGCUGGCGGAUCCACUCGGCUUGGUCGUUGUUGAGUGGGACCAGGGAUGGCUCGUAUAUCCGCCAUGGAGACGAACAAGGCACCAGGAAUUCGUGCUGCGGAAGCACUUGCACUUGCGUGCCGAGGGCUGGAAAGUGUUUACACUGCCUCUCACAGAGUUCCAGCAGCUCACGACUCGAAGCGCCAAGCUCCAAUAUCUGGAAGGCUUUAUCGCCAAGCAUGGCAUGGAACAUUUGCGUGUCGAGGCAUCAACCGCCGCCUGCGAGCCCAAUGCCGAGCAAGGUUGA